GCAGCGGCGGAGUGGGGUGGCCGGGACCCCGCAGCCCACGGGAGGGCAUUUCCAUGGGGAGCUGUGACCUCCAGAGAUGUCACUCGGAGGGCUGGAGAGGACUGUCGCCCCUCUGGCUGGCAGGGAUGGGGUCUCGCAGGGUUUAACCCCUUCCCUGCUGUCCCCAGCCCUGCUGUCCCCUCUGCCCUUGUGUCCCCGAGUUUCCCCGGCUCCUGUCCCCAACCUGCUUCCUCCCUGCGGUGUCCCCGGUUUGCACGGGAGGAGCCGCCCCGUCCCGGCGCCUGUUGGGACGAGGAGCCGUGUUCUCCGGCGCUAUGACAGCAGGGAGCCUGCUCCCGUCCCCUUUGUCCCCUGGGUGCAGCAUCGUGACGACGACGGCGCCAUCAACCCCAUUGUCCCCAUCAACCCCGUCGUCCCCAUCAAUGGGUGGCUCGGUGGGGACCGAGGGGUGGGUGGCGGGCGGUGGUUGGCAGCAAAGCCGCCGUCCUCCCGUGGGGACAGAGCUCACGCGGGAGCGCGUGGGACAGAGGAAGGGCUGGGGCUGCCCCGUUUCGGGGCUGUCAGCAGUUUUGGGGGAACGACGAGCAGGAAGGGACCCGGAGCGGAGGCCGGCACCCGGAGUGCUGACGGAGGGGAUGAGGGCACGGGCAGCCCCGGGGCACCGUCCCAGCCCCCCCCGGCCAUGGCGGGCCGGCUCCUGCCCCCCGACGCCGGCCGGGCCCUGGGCACGGAGGACGUCCCCCCAUUCCACCCACCGCUGUGGGUGCCCCUGCAGCGCACGGUGAGGCGGGUGCCCGUCAUCCGCCACCGCGGCUCCAACACGCUGAAUUUCGACUUCCACGACCCGGAGAGCCCUGGCGCGGCCGAGCGCGGGCCGGCAGCCCCCAGGAGCUCAGUGAACGCGUGGUACCAGACGUGGCCGGCCAAGGAGGCGAAGGCACCCAGCACCUCGGCACCCGCCGGCCCCAUGCUGGGCCCCGGGGCCACCCACGCGGGUCCCCGGCCACCGGGCUGGUCGGCCACCUGGACCAAGGACAGCAAGCGGCGGGAGAGGCGCUGGGUGAAGUACGACGGCAUCGGGCCGGUGGAUGAGACGGGGAUGCCCAUCGCCUCCCGCUCGAGCGUUGACCGGCCUCGCGACUGGUACCGCAGCAUGUUCCGGCAGAUCCACCGCAAGCUGCCGGAGCCGGACUGGGACAACCAUCGCCCACCCACGGCCCCCUCGCCCACCGCGGUGCCUCCGUCCCCCCCAGAGCUGCAGAGGAAAGGGCUGGCACCGGCUGUGCCCCCCAGUUUGCCCAACGGGCUGGACUGGUCCAGCUGGGGCGACGCCGGGGCCACGGCGGAGCCCGGCAGCAUUUUUGACUACGAACCGGGCAAAUCCUCGGUGCUGGAGCAGCCGCGGCAGCCCCUGGCAGCGGUGCCGCCGGUGCAGGCUCAGCCCAUCGAGGUGCUGCUGGAGCAGGAGCUGGAGCAGCUCAGCGAGGAGCUGGACAAGGACAUGAGGGCCAUGGAGACGCGCCAACACCCCUGCCAGAACUCGGCGCCUGCUCCCACCUCUCCUUCCCCUGCUCCGGCCUCCCCGGCGCCUCGGAGCCCCCUGUCACCCCGCCGGCUGCGGAGCCCCCCCAGCACCCACCGUCUGCCUGCCAGCCCCAGCAUGGAGCGGGGUGGCCUGGGGCUGGCCAGCGAGCGGAGCCGUGCAGCCCCCGGCAGAGACACCCUCAGGCCGGGGACCCUCCCCAGCCUGUCGGACAUGGGGGACCCCGCGGAGGUCGUCAGGAGGGAGGAGAAGAAGAUGAAAGCCGCUCGCCUCAAGUUUGAUUUCCAAGCCGAGUCACCCAAGGAGCUGACGCUGCAGAAGGGGGACAUCGUCUACAUCCACAAGGAGGUGGACAGGAACUGGCUGGAGGGCGAGCACCACGGCCGCGUGGGCAUCUUCCCCUCCAACUACGUGGAGAUCCUGCCCCCCACGGAGGUGCCCAAGCCCAUCAAGGCGCCCACCAUCCAGGUGCUGGAGUACGGCGAGGCCCUGGGGCUCUACAACUUCCGAGGGGAGCUGCCCGUCGAGCUCUCCUUCCGCAAGGGCGAGCGGGUCUGCCUGGUGCGGCGGGUGGACGAGAACUGGUACGAGGGGCGCAUCUCCGGCACCAGCCGUCAGGGCAUCUUCCCCGCCACCUACGUGCAGGUGCUGAAGGAGCCGCGGGUGAAAGCCACGGCCGAGGACUUCCCGCCCUCGCCCGCCCCCGCCAGCCCCCGGCCCCCCGCCGGCUCCCCGGCCCCCCAGCGCUCGCCCGCUCCCCGCGGCUCCCCGCUUUCCACCGGCUCCCCCCGGCCGGCGGAGCGGGGUCCCGGCGAGGCCGGUGGGUGCCCAUCCUCACCCCGCCACCUUGGCUUUGCCUUCCCCCCCUCCCCAAAACUGCCCCGUGCCGGCGCCCCGAGCCCCUCGCCAGCCCCUGCCGGCCCCCCGCACCCUGCGGCCGCCCAUCCCCAGGAGCCCUGGCAUCCAACAUGGCCCCCCGAGCAGCACGCAGCCCCGGGGGCACCCACCGGCACCCGCCCCGAGCCCGCCCCGUCCUACAACGGCUCCGAAAUCCGGUGGACCCCGUACCGGGCGUUAUACCAGUAUCGGCCCCAAAACGCCGACGAGCUGGAGCUGCUGGAGGGCGACCGGGUGGACGUCAUGCAGCAGUGCGACGACGGCUGGUUCGUGGGUGUCUCCAGGAGGACGCAGAAAUUCGGCACUUUCCCCGGCAAUUACGUGGCGCCGGUGUGACCCAACGGCGUGAAGAGGAACCCGGCGGGCGCUGUGGGGCUGGGGGGGCCCCACUGUCCCGCCUCGGCCACCCUGCGCCCCCGCUGCCUCCCCUCCGUGUCCCCCCACGGGGAUGAAGUGCCUCCAGCUCCCUCCCGCCCCUAUGGGGCUGCCUCUAACAGGGAUCAAUCCCCCUCCCCGGCAUGGGGGGUUCUCCCCCAACCCAGUGCCUUAAUCCAACCCCUCGCCGCUGCCCGGUGCCUUAUUGCCCACCGUCCCGGUGGCCGUACCCCCCCCGUCCUCUCUGGCCACUGCCGGGGGGGACCUGGCCGGUGACGGCUGUGACCCGAGAUGCCAGUGCGGGGCCGCGCCACGCGCUUCUCGUCCGUCAUUAAAGCUCAGCUCAG